AUGGCCAGGGUUUUUGGAGAAGCCGGGCUUAGUGGAACUAUUCAAGCCAGCCGCAGCCUGGCAACCGGGUGUCGACAAUGGGCGCCCAGGAGAGGGAAUGUUUCUGCAUGCCUGAUCAAUGGGAGCAGGGUGAGACAGGCAGGCAAACAGGAGCUGGGAAAGAGACCCAGAAGAGAAAGGGACCCUUCCCACCCCUCCUCUCUGCCCUGACUCAGUUCCUUUCAUUUAUCACGGGCGCUUUGUGGAGCUGGUGACACAACAGAGGCCUUUCGGAGGGAAGACUCCUUGCGGGGAGUUGGGACGAGGGGUGUGCAUGUGUGUUUUCCCACCUCCCUCCCUCCCCAACCCAAAUUAAAUAUCAGGCUCUGCCCUUUUACUUCUUUGUCACCUCCUGGAAAGGCGGGGGCGGGUGAGGAAAAGGGGUUUUUUCCCUCUCCACACCCCCUUCCCCAAGUCCCAUCUGUGCUCAAGUCAGGCCUCCCAGAGUUGCAGACCCGAAGGAAUGUCCGUUCCCUGGGCAGACAAAGGAGCAGCCAUUCCCACCCCCCAAAAAGCACCCACACCUCAGACCCUUGUUUGCUGACCCAAGGGAGAGCAGAACGCCUGGGUUUAAAAUGGCAGCCAUGCCCAGCAGCAGUUGCCGGGGGGGGCGGGGAGAGGAGGCUCUGGCAACAGGGGCGAAAUAUGCCAAUGGUGGCAUCUGAGGUGGGCUUUGGGGAAGAGGGUCAGGCUGCCAGGAAAGGCUGGAGGUGGUUAUUGAUGGCUACUACCAGCCAUGAUAAAAUGUAAAGGUAAAUAAUAAUAAUAAUUUAUUAUUUAUACCCCACCCAUCAGGCUGAGUUUCCCCAGCCACUCUGGGUGGCUUCCAAUCGAGUGUUAAAAACAAUACAGCAUUAAAUAUUUAAAAACUUCCCUAAACAGGGCUGCUUUCAGAUGUCUCCCUUCACAUCUGAAGGGAGGGCGUUCCAUAAGGCGGGCGCCACUACCGAGAAGGCCCUCCCUCUGGUUCCCUGUAACCUCACUUCUCGCAAUGAGGGAACCGCCAGAAGGCCCUUGGAGCUGGACCUCAGCGUCUGGGCUGAACUAUGCGGGUGGAGACACUCCUUCAGGUAUACAGGACCCCUGGACGGUUAAUUCCAGUCAAAGGAGACUAUGGGGUUGUGACACUCAUCUCGCUUUUAGGUCGAGGGAGCUGGCGUUUGUCCACAGACAGCUUUCCGGGUGGGUCACGGGACCAGCAUGACUAAACCGCUUCUGGCGCUAUGCAACACCCUGACGGAAACCAGAGCGCAGCGGUACCUAUUUAUCUACUUGCACUUUGCUGUGCUUUCGAACUGCUAGGUUGGCAGGAGCGGGGACCGAGGAACGGGAGCUCACCCCGUCGUGGGGAUUUGAACCGCCAACCUUCCGAUCGGCAAGCCCAAGAGGCUGAGUGGUUUAGGCCACAGCGCCACCCACGCCCCUACCAGCCAAGAUAACUAUGCUCUGUCCCCACAGUCGGAGGCAGUGAUGCUUCUGAGUGCAGUGGUACCUCGGGUUAAGAACCUAAUUCGUUCUGGAGGUCCGUUCUUAACCUGAAACUGUUCUUAACCUGAGGUACCACUUUAGCUAAUGGGGCCUCCCUCUGCUGCCGCGCAAUUUCUGUUCUCAUCCUGAAGCAAAGUUCUUAACCCGAGGUACUAUUUCCAGGUUAGCGGAGUCUGUAACCUGAAGUGUCUGUAACCUGAAGCAUCUGUAACCCGAGGUACCGCUGUACCAGUUGCUGGAAACCGCAGGAGGGGAGAGGGCUCUUGUGCUGGGGUCCUGCUUCUGGCCGGCUUCCCAAAAGAGGCAUUUGGUUGGUCACUGUGAGAACAGGAAGCUGGACUAGAUGGGCCACUGAAGCAGCCUCCUCCGGCAGUGGGUUUUGGUUGCCACCAAAGGUGGACAUCGAGGGAGACAGACAAAUAUGACGCACAAUGAAGUGGACUCCCAGCAAACAGGUGGCAUAGGGCUUCCCUCUAAGACAGGCAAGCGUUGUUAGGUUCCCCCCUUCAAACAGGGUUGUUGAAGGUACCUUGAAAGAUGGAAAAUGUGGCCCAUGGCAUAUUUGCACACUCUACUUUUUGCGCUGGCUCAACAGGUUCAGCAAGCUUUUUGCAUUCUUGCAAAAAUCUGUGGCUCCUGAAGGUUCUUUUCAUCAUAUGUGGUGGUCUUGUGGUAAGGUUAAAGCUUACUGGGAAAUGAUAUACAGUGGUACCUCGGGUUACAUACGGUUCAGGUUACAUACGCUUCAGGUUACAGACUCCGCUAACCCAGAAAUAUUACUUCGGGUUAAGAACUUUGCUUCAGGAUGAGAACAAAAUCGUGCUCUGGCGGCGCAGCAGCAGCAGGAGGCCCCAUUAGCUAAAGUGGUGCUUCAGGUUAAGAACAGUUUCAGGUUAAGAACAGACCUCCGGAACGAAUUAAGUACUUAACCCGAGGUACCACUGUAUAAUGAAAAGGAUGUUUAAAAUAACCUUUGUAAAACAACACACAGACCCACACACAAAAACCCAGCAGCCUUUCUUUUGGGAAUUAUAGGGACAGAACUACCUAAGCCGUAUAGAAACUUAUUCAUGUAACAUAAGAAUGUUCCUUGCCCCCAAAUGGAAAAAAGCACAAGUCCCAGCAAAGGAAGAAUGGAUACAAAAACUUAUGGAAUAUAUAGAAAUGGCAAAACAUACCAGAAGAAUAAGAAAUCAAGAGAACAAACUUUUUAUAAAAGAAUGGAAAUGGUUUACUGAAUAUUUACAGAUAAAUUGUAAACAGAUAAGAACAUUGGCAGGAUUAUUGUAAUAACCUGCAGUUUCAUAAGAGUAUAUAUUUAAAAAAGAUGAAUAAAUGAGCAAGUUAAGUUAAUCUGGAUAUGCAGAAUAUAUUAAAAAUAAAUUUAAGGAACCACAGAAAGAGGGAGAAGGAAGUCAUGUUUUGAAAUGUUAAGAUGAUUGUAAUAAUUAGUGAAAUGUAUAAAUCUGAAAGGGACGCGGGUGGCACUGUGGGUUAAACCACAGAGCCUAGGACUUGCCGAUCAGAAGGUUGGCGGUUCGAAUCCCCGCGAUGGGGUGAGCUCCCGUUGCUCGGUCCCUGCUCCUGCCAACCUAGCAGUUCAAAAGCACGUCAAAGUGCAAGUAGAUAAAUAGGUACCACUCCAGCAGGAAGGCGCUGCUCUGGUUCGCCAGAAGCGGCUUAGUCAUGCUGGCCACAUGACCCGGAAGCUGUACGCCGGCUCCCUCGGCCAGUAAAGUGAGCGCCACAACCCCAAAGUCGGCCAUGACUGGACCUAAUGGUCAGGGGUCCCUUUACCUUUACCUAUAAAUCUGAAAAGUAUAAAAAAAAAAUUAAAAACCACUGAAGCUUCUAUUUGACCAAAAGCUGCAACAGUUGGGCAGCAGAAGGGCGUGUGUUGAAACCAGUGUGGGACUGAAGCCCCUCUCAAAAUUGGUUCCGGAUUUGAUGAGGGUCCAGCAUGCAAUGCUAUAUGGAUCUAAUGUCAGAUGUAUGUUCCUAUUUUCCACUGCAAACCUCCAGCACACGACCAGGUUGGGGGGACGGAUGGAUAGGAAAGGCCAUGUGGCAACAGAAGAGAAUGGCAGGGGGCUCAGAAGAAAGAUGAUGUUCCUGAACAUCUGUUGCCCAAGGGGAAUCUCAGCUCCAGUUAAAGACAGAGCUGGAACUACUAGCAUUGCUGGUGCAGGAGGUAAGGCAGAAGAUUCCGACUAGAAUCUGGAAGUUGCAUUUCAAUAUGCUUACACCCAACUGCCUUACCUGCAGUUUGCUUCCUAGAAAUAGAGGCUGCUCCAUUAUUCUAUUCUAUUCUAUUCUAUUCUAUUCUAUUUAUUUCACAAAAUUUAUGCACCACUUAACUGUAGGAAAACAAACAAAACUCAAAAAGCGGUUUACAAAAUAGAUGAAACAAUAAAAUUAUCAAUAAGAAAAAUUAACAGCAAUAAUAUAAAACUUUCAGAAAGUUAAAAUAACCACAGACUAAAAAGAGAUUAAAAGCCACACCAACUUUUUAAACAUCUGGGUGGGCUUGUCUAAAAAAUGAUGUUUUUAGUGGGCACUGAAAGGAGUGAAGGUGCCUUGACUGACAUCAAUAGGCAGGGAGUUCCAAUGUGUAAUGCUGCCAAAUGUCAAGUUUCUACAAAUGUAGAACAGGUAUUCUGCGGCACCUGUAACAGGGGCAGUUCUGCCAACUGAAGCGGUCUAGUAGGCGCAUAUGAUCUCGUAGAUUAUCCAUGAGGGCAAAUGAGGCACUGCUUGCACCAAUCUGAGCCAGCUGCCACCAGCCUGCCUUCCUACUUACAUGCAGCCCAGAGGGUGGCCCGGCCGGUCAGCAUCCUCCUUUAGGUAUCAGUGUUGCCCCUGAAGAACUCAGCUGGGGUGAAACUAGAAUGAACUCUCUCCCUUGUCAUCAGCUCUCUGGCGCCCCCUACUGUCAGGCUCCCUGCUCUCCUGCCUACCAGCUUGUGGGCAAAGGUUAUAUUUAAACACAGGUCUUUUCCAGGUUGCAUUUGGAAGCCCAUUUUGCUCCACCGAUCCUGCUUCGAGAUCAGCACAAACCUGAUCUGCGAAGAGGCACAGAAGGACUGGAUGGUCUUCAGGUGCAUUUUAACGUGUCUGUGUUUCUAAAUUUAUUCCUCCCAACGCUACAGCCUGCCACAAGAUGUAGCAUUAACACACUGAAUUGUAGCUGGAAAAUCUCGCCAAAUAUGCAAAGGAGGUAUCUCAGAGCCGGCUUGGAAUAAAAGCUUCCCGAGUGAUAAUUUCGUUCUUUUAUCUGCGGGAGCGUUAAAUGCAGGUCCCAAACAAUACGAGCUCUGAGCGCCACGUCAAAAACCCUGAAAAGUUCUAAUUGAUAAUAAAUAAUUCAGCUUCUCGCCCAGGCCCCAAAUUUGUUGAAAUCUUUGGCAGCAAUCCAAGCAAACGACUUAAAGGAGAUGAUGAAGUCCCAAACCUUUCACUGUGGGGGGUGGGGGUGGGAAUUGGCCAGAUGAAAAUUACAGCACCCUUUGAGCUCCCCAAGGCUCUAGAACAGGGGUUGGCAAAGUUUACCAGCCAUGGGCCGGAUCAUUCCUACGGAGACUGUCCGUGGGCUGGACUGGCACAGCGCGAUGCCGGAAAUCAGGUCUGUGCAUGUCCGUGGCACCAACAAUCGCUUCUGCACAUGCCCAGAGGCCAAAAAUCAUGCCUGAGCAGAAGCAAUUUUCAGCGUCUGGACAUGCGCAGGCGUGAUUUCUGGCGCCACUUGGUGAGUCCCCGUGCUGCGCUGCGCUGGUUUAGUGCAGUGCGUGGGGGACUUGCCAAGCGGGCAGCUCGGUUCGAGGGUGGCUCCUGGGCCGGUAAAAUGGUUCUCGUGGGCCACUUCCAGCCAACGGGCCUCACGUUGCUGACCCCUGCUCUAGAAUCUUCACCUUAUGACUGUGGAGACCAGCAUUUGCCAGCCUGGUGCCCUCCAGAUGUUUGGAACUAUAAUUCCCAUCAGUCCCAGGUGAUGUGAUGCACAAGGUAAUGGGAGCAGAUCUGUAGCUCAGGGGCAGAGCACCAACCUUGCAUGUAGAAGGUCGCAGGUUCAGUCCCCAAUGGCAUGCCGGCUACCAACACAUAUAAAAACAUAAUAAAACAUUUAACAUUAAAAAACUUCCCUAUACAGGGCUGCCUUCAGAUGUCUUCUAAAGGUUGUACAGUCGUACCUUGGAUCCUGAACGCCUUGCGAGUCAAAUGUUUUGGCUCCCAAAUGCCGCAAACCUGGCAGUGAGUGUUCCGGUUUGCAAAUGUUCUUUGGAACCCGAAUGUCUGACGUGGCUUCCGAUUGGCUGCAGGAGCUUCCGGUAGCCAAUCAGAAGCCGUGCCUUGGUUUCCGAAUGUUUUGGAAGUUGAAUGGCCUUCCUGAACGGAUUCCGUUAGACUUCCGUUAGACUCUCCUUGGCUCAGGGGUUGCAUAACUCUAUACCCUCCAACAUUUCUCUGAAAAAAAUAGGGAUAUCCUAAGGAAAAGCGGGACAUUCCAAGAUCAAAUCAGAAACCGGGAAUGUCCCUUGAAAAUAGGGACACGGAGGGUCUGGGAUUGAACCUGCGGCCUUCUGCAUUCAUAGCAGAUACUAUACCAGAGAUUGAAUCUGGGACCUUCUCCUGCAUGCAAAGCAGACGCCCCGCUAAGCUGCAUUCCUUCACAAAUGGGAUCGUAGGAAACAGCCUUACACCAAGCCAGAUCACUGGUCCAUAUAUCUCAGUGUCCUCUACUCUGAGUGGCAGCAGGCCUUCAGCCCAUGGGUAGGCAACCUAAGGCCCGGGGGUCGGAUCUGGUUCAAUCGCCUUCUAAAUCCGGCCCACGGACGGUGCAGGAAUCAGCAUGUUUUUACAUGAGUAGAAUGUGUCCUUUUAUUUAAAAUGCACCUCUGGGUUAUUUGUGGGGCCUGCCUGGCGUUUUGACAUGAGUAGAAUGUGUGCUUUUAUUUAAAAUGCAUCUCUGGGUUAGUUGUGGGGCAUAGGAAUUUGUUCAUUUCCCACCCCCACCCCCCCAAAAAAUAUAGUCCAGCCCCUGACAAGGUCUGAGGGACAGUGGACCAGCCCCCUGCUGAAAAAGUUUGCUGACCCCUGCUCCAGCAUUUCAGACUUCUUGCAGUACCACCGGGAUAUGUUGUUAGGGAUAGAAUCUGGGACUUUCUGUACGGAAGGCAAGACACUCUUCCUCUGAACUGCACCUGUUCCCCAGUGUAGCUUGGUUGCCAGCACCACCACCCCUUCCCUGGCUCUCCAGCGCCUGGCAGUUGCUAGUGCCACCCAAGCUAUGAUCGCUGGAUGCAGAGAGACGGCUACGGGCUGCCUGGCGAACCUGGGCGUGUGAGAAGCAGAUUAUAGCAUGGGCUCAGCAAAGAGGCUACGCAGCAGCCAGGGAGGAGUUGCCAAGGUGAAAGCAGUUUAAUAGGUUGCUGCUUACAGGCUUAGAGUGCUUUACAGGUGCCUUGUCUGGAAAUACGACCAGCAGCUGCUAAUUGCUUCUCUAACUGGCCAACCUCAUCUGACAUCUUCCUAUUUUGAGAGCAGGGACCUGCCCUCCCCACAAGGCAAGAGGCAGACUCUCCCUGCUUCCAUCCCUUCCACUUCCGCCCUCUGAACACACUGCGGACGAGCAAAAAGUCAGUUUUUAAGGCAAUGGCUUGUUUGAGACAAGAGAAACUCAACUUGCGGGUUGCGAAGUAGGCUUGUUUCAACGGGCAGUAGUUACGACAGGCCACAGUUUAGGGUUUGAACAUGAGUCACUAUGGUUUUUCUUCAAAGCACAGGAUUUAGGUCUCAAUGUUUUGCUUAAAUGCUUUAUAGGUUUCUUCUCGUUUGCUGAUGCUAUGUAUGGACCUUUUGUUUGUGGUUUCGGGGUUGUACCUUGCAUGCCCUGCUUAGAGAUUUUAUUUAUUGUACUUCAUAAAAUAUACACAAUGCUUGAUUUUUUUUUAAAAAAAACCUCCAAGCGGUUUACAAAAAAGAUUUUAAAAAAUUAUCAAUAAGAAAAAAUAACAACAAUUUAAGGUUUGAGAAAGUUAAAACAGCAAUAGAUCAAAACUCACACCCACUUUCUAAACACCUGGGUGGUCUUAAUAGCUCAUUUGGUUAGGGUGUGGUGCUGAUAACAGCAAGGUUGCAGGUUCGAUCCCUGUAUGGGACAGCUGAAUAUUGCUGCAUUGCAGAGGGUUGGACUAGAUGAUUCUCAGGGUCCUUUCCAACAAUUCUAUAUUUUUAGCAGGUGCCCAAAACAGUACAGUGAAGAAACCAGCCUGACGUCAAUGGUUCCAAAGUUUAAGCGCUGUCACUCUGUAACAUAUUUAUUUCUUGCAAAUGCUGAAUAGGUAUUACAGUAUGUGGCAUCUGUAACAGGGACAGUUUCGCAGAUCAGUGCCCUUUUCUGAGCCUUCCACAGCUCUGCAAUAUCCUUUGCUUUACUAUAACCCUUAGUCAACUGUGUCUCUCCCCACUGUAGCUUCUCUCUUGGCUUUCCCCAGGUUCCCAGACUGGCCCCAUAGUGCAGUCACCUGCUUUUUCUUCUGCUACACUGAAAAUCCAGUGCAGCUUGUUUCAGACACACACACAUACAAAUGGGAAACCAAAUAGCCCUCCCUUAUUCUUCCCAGCUGAAAUGUUGCACCUGAUUAAUUCGGGUUGUAUAAAUAGCCAUCUCUGCGGCCCAGCAGCCGGCAUCAAGGCCCCUGCUGUCUGGCGGAGAAGCCUCCCUGAGCUGUAAUUAAAAACUUUACCCCUGAAAGGCUGUCGGGCUGAAGAAAGGAAGGAAACAGAGAGAAAGAGGAGAGGAACUGGUUCUCGGACGGACCUAACAAUUAUGCUCUUGAUGAAUUAUUCAGGGUGGUUGCGGGGAGGGAGCGGGACUGUAGAGAUGGAUUUCCCUCUGCCAGCAUUAAACAUGUGAGGAGAGGCUCAGAUUUUAGCUGUCCAGGGAAAGGGUGCUUGCCGGGAGCUCAGCGGAUCCAAAAUCAGGUGCACGGCUUUUGUAAGAUUAUACAAUGAGCAUCAAAAUCUGGAUGGUGGGAGGCAAUUUGGCCCAGGCACAGUCUAGAGCACCAGAGAACAGCCCAUAGCACAGCCUGCAACCAGAUCCUGCCCUCCAAAAGUUUUGGACUACAACUCCCAUCAGCCAGGGUAGGGUAUAUUUAGCCUGGAGAAGAGGAGACGGAUGGUCACUGCCUCCUGUGGGAGUGAGUUCUGUAGGUUAACUUUGAGGAACGAUUUCCCCCUUUAUCUGUCCUGAGCAGCUUCACUGUACAGUGGUACCUUGGGUUAAGAACUUAGUUCGUUCUGGAGGUCCGUUCUUAACCUGAAACUGUUCUUAACCUGAGGUACCACUUUAGCUAAUGGGGCCUCCCGCUGUUGCCGUGCCGCUGCCAUGCAAUUUCUGUUCUCAUCCUAAAGCAAAGUUCUUAACCUGAGGUACUAUUUCUGGGUUAGCAGGGUCUGUAACCUGAAGCGUCUGUAACCCGAGGCACCACUGUAUGUCAACCAGUUCUAGCGCGAUGAGGGGGUUUUCUCCCCAUCUAUCGACAUUCCCCACACUGUGCAUCAUUUUAUAAACCUUGGUUUUACAUCCUCUCCAGCACCUUCAUUUCUGAACUGGGAAGCAAACGACGUUUCAGCUUUUCCUCCCAGAGAACAGGUACCCUUUUCCCGCACCUUCCACAGUAUCCUUGUUGUUGAGAUGCAGUAAAUGGGACUUGGGGGAGUCUUCCAAGAGGAAUCUGGUUGGGCAUUAACGCAAGAAGGGGGUUUACGGGAAGGUCAGGCCUUUCUCAGUGUAAGCCUGGGACAUGGUGAGCACUUGGCCAGAGCCUGCACUAAUUACUGCCCCUAACGAGGACACCAAUUAGGAACAGCACUUGAACCAGCUUAGCUCGUUUCCUUCUUCUAAAGAGGAGAGCUGCUUCCAGGAGCAGCGGCAACCCAAGACUGAAAAGGGAGGCAUUGUGAGGCUUGCAACCUCACCCCUGUCCGUGGAACAGUGUGGCAGAGUGGUUAGAGGGUCAGACUAGAACCUGAGAGGUAAAGGGUAAAGGGACCCCUGACCAUUAGGUCGAGUCGUGGCCGACUCUGGGGUUGCGGCGCUCAUCUCGCUUUAUUGGCCGAGGGAGCCGCCGUACAGCUUCCGGGUCAUGUGGCCAGCAUGACUAAGCUGCUUCUGGCGAACCAGAGCAGCACACGGAAACGCCGUUUACCUUCCCGCCAGAGCGGUACCUAUUUAUCUACUUGCACUUUGACGUGCUUUCGAACUGCUAGGUUGGCAGGAGCAGGGACCGAGGAACGGGAGCUCACUCCGUCGCGCGAUUUGAACCGCCGACCUUCUGAUCGGCAAGUCCUAGGCUCUGUGGUUGAACCCACAGUGCCACCUGCGUCCCAGAGACCUGAGAGACCAGGGUUCAAAUCCCCACUGAGUCAUGAAGCUCACUGGGGGACCUUGGGCCUCUCAGCCUAACCUAUCUCACCGGGCUCUGGUGAGGAUGAAAUACAGAGGAGAAUCAUUUCUUGAGGUCCUCGUAGGAAAAGUGGGAUAUAAAUGGAACAAUAAACAAAUAUUUCGAAGACAUUUAAUCUUCGAGCCCUUCCAGACGCGGGGAGGGGAGCAGCUGGGAGAUGUAUUCUGGAACAUUUUUAUUAUUUAUAUCCUUUAUUACAUUCCUAUCCUGUCUGUCCUCCAAGGUGGGUUAAAGACUUCUCGUUUUAUCCUUACAACAACCCUGUGAGGUAGGUUAGGCUGAGUGACUGGCCCCUGAAGUCACAUCCAAUAAGCUUCAUGGUUGAGUGCAGAUUUGAACCCUGGUCUCCCAGCGCUCCCAAUGCUCUAACCACUGCACCACAGUGGCUCUUUGUUGCGGGGGGGGGGGGGGGGGGAUGAAUCUCAGAGACCUUGAAUUAAAAGAAAUAUUGUUUAACUGAAGAUAGAAAAGAUGGAUGUUAGCAUGGGCUGAAUAUUUUAAAUUAACCAUUUCUUCUUUUUUUAAUGUAAUUUGCAGAUGGGAAAUUAGUAGUUUUCUUUUUUUUGGUAUCUUUUCCUAAUGUUUCUUUUUCUUUCGUAUUUUAUCUUCCCCCCCCCUUCUUUCUAUUUUCCCUUUCUUUCUUCUGUUGCUCUCCUUUGUUCUUCUUCUUUUUCUUCUUUCUUUGGAGUCCUAUGCCUGGGGCCUUUAUGUUAAGGUCUAGAAUAUGUAUACUCAUCAUGGGGGUGAUAAUCAAUGGAGGACCCUGGGAAAUGUGGGUCUCCCAGGGUGAGAGGCUGGGAGGGGAAAGGAAAGUUCCCAGGUGAGAGCUGGGAGGAGCUAUUGUCCUUUGUGGGUGAUAAGAGCGAAGAAUUACUUUUAAGAGAGGACACCAUAUUCUGCUCAUUCAAUUUGCAUUUUUGUAGUUAUAAUAUCACUGUAUUAAAAAAAAUAAAAUCUUAGCUCAACUACAAAACAGCGGCUCUCAACUGCAACGUAGCAGUGACAAAACAACACAGCAUUGGUGGUGGAUUUAAACUGGACUGUCCAUACAGCUUUAUUAGCGGCUAUGCAAUGUUUCCCCAACAUUAUUGCAUCAUUGCCACCUGCAGGGUCAAUUCUUGCACUGCAGCACCGAAAACGGGCCAAAAAAGCAACAACCCAGGACAUCUGUGGCAUAAAAAGUGACAGGAUUUCAGCAGGGACUGAUGCAGGAGCCGCAUCUGCUGCCAACGAAGCGGUUUGUCCCCCCAAAAAACAUUUGCAAACUGCAUUAAAAGCAGGACCGCGUAUAACCACCCUGACACCAUCGCGAGUGCAAGUCAUCACGAAAGCGCAAUUUAAAAAAGAGAGAGGAUUGGUGGAUUUUGAUUUGACGUUCCAUAGGGGGUCCUUAGAGACACCAAGUCCCAAGCCACGUGCCACGACAGAGCAGCUGGCACACCACGUUAAGAGAAAAAAAUCAAGCCAGGGUGAAGAGAAAGCAGAACUGGAUGUACGGGUACAUCUCCCGAGUGGUUUGCUGUAGGUCAGAGGGCAUUUCUGAAGCUGCCACAAUGGUUUAGCAGCAACAGCAACAGCAACAGCAACAGCAACAACCCAAUAGCCUGCUGGAUCAGGCAAUGGCCCAUCUAGCCUAGAAUCCUUU